CUGUCCUCCCGCUCCCCCCCACCUCUCACACACACACACACACACAAACGCACAAUCAACUGCGACGGGUUCUGCACAGCUUUCAGCCACCCCCAAAAAGAGAGAGGGAAACGAGCAGCAGAUGAGAACCUGGAGCAGAUAGAAGAGAAAAGAGCUCAGGGUUGGACAUUUUGGAAUCUAGGGGUGGGGAGGAGAAAGGGAGCGCGCCUUCUUGAUUUCCCCUCCCCACCCCUCUUUGCUAUUCUCUCCCCUAGGCUGGUAUAGGAUUUUCCUGAAGCAGCAGCAGUAGAGAACAGAAAUCUUUAGUCUAGAAUAGGGAGUUGAAGAGGUGGUUAGAGCUCCCACCAGCUACCUAGCUUGAGGGUGCCUGUAAGAGUGUGAGUGCGGCUCCCCUCUGCACACACCCCUACACACACACACACACACACACACACACACACACACACACACACGCACACUCCUCUUCAUACCAGGGUGUCAGCUAUCCUCAAUUCCCCGGUGUUGGCUUCUCCCCUUCCUCUUAUUGUUUGUGGCUUGCCGCGUGAAAGGGGUGCGUGUGUUUGAAUAGGCUCAGGUUGGGAGAGAGAGCUGAGAGAGGACUUGUGAGAGCAGAGCAGGAGCACCGCUGGAGCGAAGAGUUUCGGGCACUGGCGAAGGCGGAAGGUGAGGAGGUCUGGCCAGUCAGAGGGAAGUUUGGCAAUAACUGAGGAGCAAAGAGGGAAGCCCAGGUAGGAGUCAGUUCUUGAGCCCCUCUCAGUACCCUGAUCCCUUUGCCUGUGCUCCACCAAUCACCCACCCACUCGGUAGCCUCCAGGCCCGGGACUGUCCCAGGCGCUUGCCCGUGAGCACCGCGGAAGAGGAGUCCAGUGAGGCUGUUGUACCACGCGUCCUGGUGCACUGACUCCAGACAACACAGAUCUGAAGAAAGCUCUUGGCCUUGGCUUUCUAAAUUGCUAUGAACCAUGGCCCAACUUUACUACAAGAAGGUCAAUUACUCACCAUACAGAGACCGCAUUCCCCUCCAAAUCGUGAGGGCUGAGACUGAACUCUCUGCUGAAGAGAAGGCUUUCCUUAAUGCUGUGGAGAAGGGGGACUAUGCCACCGUGAAGCAGGCACUGCAGGAGGCCGAGAUCUACUACAAUGUCAACAUCAACUGCAUGGAUCCUUUGGGCAGAAGCGCCCUGCUCAUUGCCAUUGAGAACGAGAACCUGGAGAUCAUGGAGCUACUGCUGAACCACAGUGUGUAUGUGGGCGAUGCAUUACUCUAUGCCAUCCGCAAGGAAGUGGUGGGCGCUGUGGAGCUUCUGCUUAGCUACAGAAAGCCCAGUGGAGAGAAGCAGGUUCCCACUCUGAUGAUGGACACCCAGUUCUCUGAGUUCACACCAGAUAUCACUCCCAUCAUGUUGGCUGCUCACACCAACAACUAUGAAAUCAUCAAAUUGCUUGUCCAAAAGCGGGUCACUAUCCCACGGCCUCACCAAAUCCGCUGCAACUGUGUAGAAUGUGUGUCCAGUUCAGAGGUAGACAGCCUGCGUCAUUCAAGGUCCCGACUGAACAUCUACAAGGCUCUGGCAAGUCCUUCACUCAUUGCCUUAUCAAGUGAGGACCCCAUCCUAACUGCCUUCCGGCUGGGCUGGGAACUCAAAGAGCUAAGCAAGGUAGAAAAUGAAUUCAAGGCUGAGUAUGAAGAGCUCUCCCAGCAAUGUAAGCUCUUUGCCAAAGACCUGCUGGACCAAGCUCGGAGCUCCCGAGAACUGGAGAUCAUCCUCAACCAUCGAGAUGACCACAGUGAAGAACUUGACCCACAGAAGUAUCAUGACCUGGCCAAGCUGAAGGUGGCAAUCAAAUAUCACCAGAAAGAGUUUGUCGCUCAGCCAAAUUGCCAACAAUUGCUUGCCACCUUGUGGUAUGAUGGCUUCCCUGGAUGGCGGAGAAAACACUGGGUAGUCAAGCUUCUGACCUGUAUGACCAUUGGCUUCCUGUUUCCUAUGCUGUCUAUAGCCUAUCUGAUCUCACCCAGAAGCAACCUUGGGCUGUUCAUCAAGAAGCCCUUUAUCAAGUUCAUCUGCCAUACAGCUUCCUACCUGACCUUCCUCUUCAUGCUUCUCCUGGCUUCUCAGCACAUUGUCAGGACAGACCUCCAUGUACAAGGACCUCCCCCAACUGUUGUGGAAUGGAUGAUACUGCCUUGGGUUUUAGGUUUCAUUUGGGGGGAGAUAAAGGAAAUGUGGGAUGGUGGAUUCACUGAAUACAUCCAUGACUGGUGGAACCUAAUGGAUUUUGCAAUGAACUCCCUCUACCUGGCUACUAUUUCCUUGAAGAUUGUGGCUUAUGUCAAGUAUAAUGGUUCGCGUCCAAGGGAGGAAUGGGAAAUGUGGCACCCGACUCUGAUUGCAGAGGCACUCUUCGCAAUAUCCAACAUUUUAAGUUCUUUGCGUCUCAUAUCCUUGUUCACAGCCAACUCCCACUUAGGGCCUCUGCAGAUCUCUUUAGGACGCAUGCUGCUUGAUAUACUCAAAUUCCUCUUUAUCUACUGCCUAGUACUGCUGGCUUUUGCCAACGGAUUGAAUCAGCUUUAUUUUUACUAUGAGACCAGAGCUAUCGAUGAACCUAACAACUGCAAGGGGAUCCGAUGUGAAAAACAGAACAAUGCCUUCUCCACGCUCUUUGAAACUCUUCAGUCACUCUUCUGGUCUGUAUUUGGCCUUUUAAAUCUCUAUGUCACCAAUGUGAAGGCCAGACACGAGUUCACCGAGUUCGUGGGAGCUACUAUGUUUGGGACAUACAACGUGAUCUCCCUGGUAGUGCUGCUGAACAUGCUCAUUGCCAUGAUGAACAAUUCCUACCAGCUUAUUGCCGAUCAUGCUGACAUUGAGUGGAAGUUUGCGAGAACGAAGCUCUGGAUGAGUUACUUUGAUGAAGGUGGUACCUUGCCACCUCCUUUCAACAUUAUCCCUAGCCCCAAAUCAUUCCUCUACCUUGGCAACUGGUUCAACAACACCUUCUGUCCCAAAAGAGACCCUGAUGGGAGACGAAGAAGGCACAACUUGAGAAGCUUCACAGAACGCCAUGCUGAUAGCCUGAUACAAAAUCAACAUUAUCAGGAAGUUAUCAGAAACUUAGUCAAGAGAUAUGUGGCUGCAAUGAUAAGAAACUCCAAAACAAAUGAGGGGCUAACAGAAGAAAAUUUUAAGGAAUUAAAGCAGGACAUCUCCAGCUUUCGAUAUGAAGUGCUUGACCUCCUGGGAAACAGAAAACAACCAAGAAGAAGCUUUUCCACUAGCAGUGCUGAAUUCUCUCAAAGGGAUGAUACCAAUGAUGGCAGUGGUGGGGCUCGGGCCAAAUCUAAGAGUGUCUCUUUCAAUUUAGGCUGCAAGAAAAAGGCCUGUCAUGGGGCACCUCUCAUCAGAACCAUGCCAAGAGCCAGUGGUGAUCAAGGAAAGUCGAAAGCUGAGUCAUCAAGCAAACGGUCCUUCAUGGGUCCCUCUUUCAAGAAACUGGGUCUCCUAUUCUCCAAGUUUAACGGUCAUAACUCUGAACCCCCUUCAGAGCCAAUGUACACAAUCUCUGAUGGAAUUGCACAGCAGCAUUAUAUGUGGCAGGACAUCAGAUAUUCUCAGAUGGAGAAAGGGAAGGCAGAGGCCUGUUCUCAAAGUGAAAUGAACCUCAGUGAGGUAGAGUUAGGUGAAAUCCGGGGUGCUGCUAGGAGCAGUGAGUGCCCCCUAGCCUGUUCCAGCUCUCUUCACUGUGCAUCUGGCAUCUGCUCCUCAAAUUCUAAACUUUUAGACUCAUCAGAGGAUGUAUUUGAAACUUGGGGAGAGGCUUGUGACUUGCUCAUGCACAAAUGGGGUGAUGGACAGGAAGAACAAGUUACAACUCGGCUCUAAGUCAAAUCCCCAUCAUCUGUUCUGGAAUUCAAGAGAAAAAUUGUGAUUUCUUCAUUCUCAGAGGUGACCCCAAUAUGGCUGCCUCAUGGUCCCCCCUUCCAAAGGAGUGAAGCUCCUAUUGUUUUCAGUCUUUUCUAGCCACAUUCUUCAUGUUUUGUUUUACUGUCAUUAGAAUUUGCCUUUUUGUAUCUAUAAAUACUAAAUUCAUCUCGAAACCAACUGAAGGGGCAUUGCCCCUAAUCAGCAGAGGUGCAGUCGGGUGCUUAACCCCCUUUGCUUUGCUGUUCUUACCCUUGCCUCCUUGAAGCUCCAGGUGCCACUUUGCUACCAUAGCUGCUGCACAGAUUCCUGACCUUCCUCAGGAUCUCACUCCCAUCUCCGCCACAGAGCUGAGGGAUAUGGUCAGCAGUCCCUACCAGCUAGCAGAUAAGGCAAACCAACCUGCCUGUCUUUGUUGCUCUUCAGUGCUACACGCUGCCCGUGCUGGGCCAAUGAACAGCAUGAAAGGGAGACUAGACUCCAAAGAAUUGUCAGCUUGUGGUUUCCAGGUAGAAUAGGCCUUUCUGUUUUGUUUUAAAACACUAUUAACUUCUAAUUGUGGGGACCGUUGAGGUUUCGUUUCGUAAAGAUGUGUUAGUUUCUUAACGUGUGCCAGUGAGAUAUUUACUCUACAGUGUGUGUUGUAUCUAAUAAGUUAACUGAUUUCCUUUCCUGUGUUUGUAUAUUUCAGUUAACUUAUAUAUUUUAAAUUUUGAGAGUAUCAAAAUUAGUAUUUAGGAUGUGUGCUUUUUUCCAAAAAAAAUCUUCUACUGCACUUUAACUAAUAGCUACUACAUCUCAUACACUGGCAAGAAAAAAAUAUAAUUAGCUAGUAUAUUUAUAGGGUCCUAUCUACUGUGGAUAAGUUUUAAUCAUCAUUGAUAUGAAGCAUUUCUAAGAUUAAAGGCUGGAUUUGAAUUUUUAUAAGAAAAAUGAGAUUUUAUUGAGGUGUUUAAAUUUAGGGGGGAAAAGGAGCAACUCAAUUAACUGAUUUCUGGAAAGAAAACCUAGCAGAUAUAAUUUUAGGUUCAGAUAACCUAAUUCAGGUUGCAGCUGCAAUAUUCACUGGGGGACAGUGGAAACUGCUUGUGUGAACUAUUAAGAUAUAUAAUGUAAUAAUCCUAGUGGAUUCGUAGAAAUAAAUUCUGCCUUCAAAGAAAGCUACAUUUAUACAUUCAAACUCUUUCCCAUAGCCCAGGAAUAUUUAAUCAGAACAGAAGUUAAAAAUGAAGUUAGGAUGUAUAAGGUAAUCAUUUUAGAGCUGAUAACCACCAAACAAUAGCCUGCUGAGCAAGCAUAGUUUUGCCAACAUAUGCUUGGCUUGUGGAGGUUAACAAUUUUUAUGGCAGGAAAGUAAAAUGUUUGUUGGGCAUCACCUGUUCUUUUUAAAUGUCAACACCAACAAGAAUCCACCUACAUUCUUGUUUGUAAUGUCUGCUGGCCUUGAAAUGAGGUAAACAAUAUAAAUAUGUCUAUAAACUUGCUUUUGACAGUGCAGUUUAUGCUAAACUGAUUUUUCCACCUCUAUUGCUAGCACUGGUGAAUGAUGAUGAUAAAAGUGUUUCAUGUAGAAAGGAGCCAAAUUAGGGGCAAAGGAGGCAGGAAGUUGUGCUGAAUACAACUCAGAAAUACAGAAAAGGGAAUUACGAGAGUAAGAUGAAUCAACAUGCAUUUGGCAAGGGUUUGUCCCAAAAUAAUCUUAGUCUUAUCUGAAGUGCUCAUUUAUUCAAAUCCAACUGCUGCCCUACUUUACUGUGGGACUAUUACAAAAAUGCUCCAACACUAAGACAGAUUACUUUCUAAAGUCAAUUUCAACUUUCCCAACUUUAAACUUUAUUCUUAAUAUUGAAUGAGCUUAGGCUACAACUCUAACUCACAACACCACUACCAAGGCUAUAUGUAACCACAUAGUUAAAACGUCUUUCUCCCAAUAUACAAACUAUUAACAUUCUAGGUGUAACUGUUCUAAAGGUCAGAAAAGAGUAGGAAGCCAUGAAGUCAAGUUCCAAAGUCUUCUCUCAGUUGUGUUCUGAAGAGAGAGGAAGGACAUUACAACAGUCAUUCUCUGCUAUUGAAAGACACCAGGGCCAUAUUUCUUGGGAACACAUUCCAUUCCAGAUCUCCUUAGGGUUUUCAUCUUUGUGACUUGAGCUUAAGACUGCACUAGCUAUGUUGAGGCCUCGUUUAGAAUAAAGGUUGAAACCAAACAGCGAUUGUCCUAAGUUCCAUGUUUGUGACAACAACAUUUUUUUAAAUUUCUAUUUAUUAUGUAUACAGUGUUCUGUCUGCCUGUAUGCCUGCAGGCGGGAAGAGGGCAUCAGAUCUCAUUACAGAUGGUUGUGAGGCACCAUAUGGUUGCUGGGAAUUUAACUCAAGAUCUCUGGAAGACCAACUAGUGUUCUCAACCCCUGAGCCAUCUCUCCAGCCCAACAACAAAAUUUUUAUUAACUCCAAGCUAAUACUAAGCAGCAAGGAAAAACACAUCUCCUACCCUGUCAAUAAGCUACUGUUUAGAAACAUUUCAGGGAUGAAGAACUUUCCUAACGGUCAGCCCUGAGUUCUGGUGCUGGUACCAUUUUAAAAAGGUGGAGGGCUGGAAAGAUGACUCAGUGCUUAAAAGCAUUCCAACAGAGGACCCAGAGAUUCUAUUCCUAGCACCCACAUGACAACUCAAAUCUUCCUGUGACCCUCUUCUGGACUCCCCGGGCACCAAAGUCACUUGCAACACACACACAUAUAUAAAAUAAAAACAAAUCUUUUCAAAAGAGAGAUUUGAAGUGAAAAUACUUAAGUAUGUAUUUUCAGUCCUGAGAAGGUAUAAAGGCAACGUGAGAGUACAUUUAUAAGAGAGAGAGAGAGAACUGGAGAAAGGAUCCACUGGAUUCCAACCUCAUAUUUAUAAACAGAAAGACUUUUAAACAGGUGGUAUCAUGGUAUCCAGAGAAGGACACCAAGCUGGUCAAUAAACCCAAAUUUUCUAGAUCAUAGAAACACUGCCUAGCAAAUAUAUGUUAUAUAUAGAUGUUCAAAUAAAAUGCCCUCUAUACAUGUCCGUUGUUUUCAUUUGUCUAAAAUACUGUGAACUCCAAAACUGUACUUAAAUAUAAAUUUAAAAUGUACUGUUGCAAAGUAAAAAUAACUAUAAGAAUCAAUUAGUUAUAUGAAAUAACACCGUGACUUACUUCCGUUACAGUCAACUUUCUUAUAACUUCUAGGUACCUUGGGUUCAUUUGUUUGAUACACAAAUUAAAGUCUUCUUAAUAAUAAUUAAGGUAAACAUAUAAAGUCUGAAUUAUAUCAUAAAUUAUAUCAUUGUUAUCCUCUUCCACUUUUAAUGUUAAGUCCAAUGAUGUGCAAAAACGGGAAGAUUCUAAACUCAAAAUUGAUCAAUUUGAGUCCAGUCUGACCUUAUCUCAGAAACAUAAGGGUGCCUACAGUGAAAGCCAAUAUUCACCCAUUUGCAGCAGACUUUAAGGGGGUUUCAGGACAAGUUGACAUCAUAGGAUCUGUGCUUCCACUACCAUAUUUCAUGCAGGUAUGCAAACAUACACAUCACAACCAUAGAUGUCCUGUUCUCAUUGGUACUUGAAAGAACAGAUGAAAGUGUGCCUUUUGGCAAGCAGAUUAAGCUGGGCUGGGAAUUUGGUCUUUUCCAAUGAACUUCAGUAUAACCCCAAUUGUCUUCCAAUCUAAAAGCCCAUUAGACAAUUUUUCAGUCUCAGAGACCCUUGAAAAAGAAGGCAGAAAGGACACUUGAGAUUUUCACAAGGGCUCUUAAAAUCGAGAAGAAACAAAAGCUUCCAAAAGACAGACAAGUGUAGCUAAGCACUACAAAUAGGAAUAAAUCAUCAAAUUGUUAGGAUGAUCAAAUUGAGAUAAAUUGUUUGAUUAAAAAUGUGGUUUCUGGGGCAGGAGGGAUGGCUUAAUGGCUAAGAGCAAUACUGGUCUUCCAGAGGAUCAAAGUUCAGUUCCCAACACCCACAUCAGGAGGAUCACAGCAACCUGGAAUUACAGCUCCAAGGGAUCCUAGCCUUCUUCUGACUUCCUUGCAGACAGAUACACACACACAAACACACACAGAGUAAUGUCGUUUCUUAUGGCUGGGGGAGUAGUUAAUCUUGCACAAGCAAGAUCCUAGGUUUGAUCCCCCCCCAAGUAUCAUUUUAAGAUGAAAAUAUUAACAUCAACCUUUUCUCCAGCAAAAUCUACAAAUGUAAUAAUGUGUGAAAACUAACUCUGAAAAUUUUGUAAAUCUCUUUUUAAAGACUUAAAUUUCAGAAAGCAAUAGUUUCUCAUGUGGGAUCAUAAAGUCAUCAGGCAAGAUCCAUACUAAGACUAUUACUUAAAACUGUGCAGUGUCACAGAUUUCCCUUCCAAAUAUAGAGGAGGAUUGACUCUAAAUUGUAUCUAAGAAAUGAGUCUGCUACUUUAUGAAAGAGAAGAGAGAACUAAACUAAGGGAUGGUACAUAUGGAAAACCAGAUUACACAUCUGCCAUACUUAGCCCCAUAAAUUUACAGUAAGUAUACAACCUACGAUUACAAAUGAGAGGUUUAUAAAGUUGAUAGAACUUAUGCAUCAGAAUGAAUGACAUCCAUCAAACUAGUCAUCGUAAGUAUUUGCACCUAUUGGACAUUGGGGCACACACCUUUAAUCCCAGAACAGGCACGCAGAUAUUGGAAAAAUUGAGGCCUGACUGGUCUACAGAGAGUUCUAGGACAGCUACAGCUACAUAGAGAAACCGUGUCUUAGGGAAGAAAAUAGUUUUACAAAAAUAAGUAUAGUGCCUCCUAAGAAAAAUUUAAAGGACAACAUACUUAAGUAGAGAACCUCCACAGAUUAGGAAACCAUCACCCCUGAAAUCCUGGUGUUUAAACAACAAAGUAAAUCAAGAAUUCCUGUGGCCUAAGGUCAAAACAAACUGACAACUGUCUUUCUAAAUCUUAGGUGAUCCAAAAGCAAUAUUUUAUCAUGUACAGGUUCUGGCACGUGGCUUGUUAGCAAGAAGUAGUAGGAAAAACAAACAAAAAGCCCUAAAGAUUCUACAGAGAAAUGGAAGGGACUGUUUUGGACUGAAUGUUCCUAGUAGCAGAUGUUGUGAAAUGAAGCUCAAAUAGAAAGAUGAAAGCAGCUAGCUGAAUUCCCAGGUCAUCUAAAAAAUCCAAUGUUCAAAGUAGGUGUUUCCAUAUAAUAUCUAUAUUUCCAAAGUAGGUGUUUCCAUAAGAGAUCUCAUCAUUUAAUUUAAAAUACAGCUUCAUCAAAUAGCACUGUACUUCAACAGCCAGGGCACUUGCCUGUAGGCAAACAAGUGACAACUAUACUUAACAUAGAUAGGGAGAAACAGUCAGAAUUAGUGUUUUUCAUGACCUCUAGAACCAAUGCACUAAAAUCAAUGCCAGUGUGGGUUCACAAGGAGAGCUCUAAACCCAAGCCAUCAACCACAUUAGUUUACUUAAUGUUAAAGGGAAUAUAAUUUCAUAAGGUACUAACUUUAGAUUUAAGUAUUUGAAUUCCCCUUUAAAUACAAUAUGGCCAUGUUCUCUUAUUUUAAUGGUACAACAGUAACAGACCAUGUCCAGAUCAUUUCAGUUCAGAUAAGACUAAGUAAACCUCUCCAAUACAUGGAUAUAUUUUUAUUUCUUUUCAUGUGCAUAAUAGAAAUAAAUUCAAGAAGAGAGAAAUAUUUUAGCUGCUUUACAGAUUCUAUUUCUACAACAUUUUACAAAAUGGGGAUAGGGAAUUUUUUCCUAGUCAAAACAGUGAAUUCAAUUUGGAGCUGCAGACUUCACAGUUGAUAGUAGGAGAGAAAAAUCUACAACACAGUCUAUGCUUAAAUUUUCUCAGCAUAGUCAGUGGUCCCUCACAUCAUCAUGCAGAAAAUGUUUGUGUCAAAAUUAAGGCUAUAAUUCUAUCUCCUGAGUUUAAUUUAUGAAAGGGAAAAUUUCAGUGUUUGUAUAAAUGGCAUUUUGGCUCUACAGAUUAUUUUAAAAGCUAAAACUUGAGUGAUUACUUUUAUUUAGAUAUCUUCUGUAAGAAGUGCAAAGUUAGUGUCAACCUGAAAUGUGUGAAAAAAAUCUUGUAUAAUAAUUUUGUGUGUUUUUAGCUUCAGUAUAAAGAAAAAUAAAGCAUUUGCUUCUCUUCCCACAGAAUGUAUGGCUACUUAGAAAUAAGAUGUUUUGUUCCUCCUUUUCCAAUGUAACUAUUUAUACCUAUUAAUAAAUGUUGACCGACAGCA